GCAACAUCUGAAUCUCACUGCUUCAUCAUCUCAUUUGACAGAACGAUCCAUCAUACUUACAGAUACGAUCGGCUCCAAUAUCAACCAAUUGAACUACACUCUCAUUUUGUUUUGUCUCGGCAUUCGCUUCGAUCAGCGUCAACUGACCAAAAUGUCGUUCUUGUUGAAUAUGAUCCAUGGCAAAUUCACUACAAUACCACCGCAAGAGGAAGAUUGCACAGACAAAGUAGUCAUCAUCACUGGCGGAAACGGCGGGAUUGCUCUCGAGGCAGCGCGACACUUUACCCAACUCAGUGCUGCUAAAGUCAUCCUUGCAUGCCGCAGUCUUGAGAAAGGUGACCAUGCAAAGAAAGACAUUGAAGAGACAACUGGAAAACAAAAUGUCGUCGAGGUCUGGCACUUGGAUCUCGCGUCACACGAUAGUAUUCGCGAGUUUGCAGAUCGUGUCAAUAAGUUAGACCGACUGGACGUCUUUAUUAACAAUGCAGGCCUUCUUGUCUUUAAGCGUGAGCUUAUCGAAGGUCAUGAGUCCAUGCUGAGCAUCAAUGUCAUCUCGACGGCUCUACUUACGCUUCUUGUUCUCCCUGCUUUGAGACAGACGUCGAACAGGUUCAACAUUAUUCCACAUAUUGUGAUUGUGUCUUCUGACGCUGCAUUUGAGGGCCGCCUUCCUGUACAAGAGCCAAAUUUCAUCAAAGCUCUUGAUGAGCAGCCAAGCGUCCUUGAACACUACAGCAAGACAAAACUAGUUCAACUCAUAUUCAUGACCCAACUCGCCAAAGCUAUUGAAGCAUCUGGGAAAGGCUAUAUCAUCGUCAACGGCGUACAUCCUGGCUUCUGUAGCACACCACUCUUCGAUAACACGCCCUGGCCAUUCAAUCUUAUAUUUAAAGGUCUUCUUGCACUUUUUGGACGAACUCCGGAGGUGGGAUCCCGUGCCUUACUGGCUGGAGCGUUUGCAGAUGAGAGUUUGAACGGGAAGUUUAUGUCUAAUGGCGCUUUUCAUGAACUACCCAAGAUUAUGCAGGGAGAUGAGGGGGAGGAGAUGUGCAGAAAGGUCUGGGAGGAAUUGAUUAGUAUUUUGGAAGAGAUUGAGCCUGGCGUAACAAAUAGAGUCUAGGGUCAGAAUUAACCGCUUUGCUGGAUAGAAUUUGGGCAGCUCAAUAUGUGGUACAUGAAAUACAGAGCUCAGCCAUAAAUGUAGUGUAAUGGUCCCAUCAAUGUGCAUUCACCUUUCAAC